GAAAAGAAAAAAAAAAGGAAGAAAAUAUGAAACGUACCAAAGUGCAAGGGGAGUAUUGAAAAAAUACGAAGAGAGAAAUAGUAUUUGUGGUUUGGCUGUAGAGGAAGAAAAGAAACCGAGCAAGAGAUCAUUAAUCAGAUCUGUGUGUAUAUAUCAGCACAAAGUUGGACGGGCUUACAGCAGAAGAACUAAAAGGGUUUUACGGCGGAUCAUUUGGUUGCCAGAUCCAUGGUAUGAUUGUAUCCACUGGCAAACAACAAACUUGACGAAUUCAUUGUAGCUUGUCUUAAAGAUGUCUUCAGCUCAAGAUCCAUUUUACAUUGUGAAGGACGAGAUUCAAGAUUCUAUUGAUAAGCUGCAGACUACCUUUCAUCAAUGGGAACACAUCCCUGUAGCCAGCGGGGAGCAGUCCCGGCUCACUAAGGAACUUCUUUCCAGCUGUGAGAGCAUUGAAUGGCAGGUGGAUGAGCUGGAAAAGGCUAUUUCUGUGGCAGCUAGGGACCCUUCUUUGUAUGGCAUCAAUGAGAUGGAGCUUGAUAAGCGAAGGAAGUGGACCACCACUGCUAGGGUUCAGGUGAGCAAUAUUAAAAAAGCAGUGACUGGAAAAGACUCCAAUCGCUCAAGCACUACAAACUUUGGUGGGAUGCGUCAUGAACUAAUGCGGAUGCCAAAGACUCAUCCGCAGGGCAGGAGCGGAACAUAUGUGGCAAAAGAUAAUGAUGAUUUCAUUACUUCCGAAUCAGACACACAAAUGCUUCUUAUCAGGCAACAAGAUGAAGAACUGGAUGAGCUAAGUGCAAGCGUGGAAAGGAUUGGAUCUGUUUCGCUUACCAUACACGACGAACUUCUUGCACAGGAUAGAAUAAUAGAAGAAUUGGGUUCAGAGAUGGAGAGUACAUCUAAUCGUCUUGAUUUUGUUCAGAAAAAAGUGGCUGUAGUUAUGAAGAAGGCUGGUGCCAAGGGCCAGAUGAUGAUGAUCUUAUUCUUGAUUGUCCUCUUCAUCAUUUUAUUUGUUUUGGUUUUCUUCACCUAGGCUGUUCCAGGUUAGAUAUCAUGUCACAAUGAGCUGUUAUUUCCAAGAUACAUCAAUUUCAAGAAUAAAAGCACCAUACGUGGGUGCUUUUGCUAGACAUUUGGUCCGAACAUAUCUGCCUAGUGUUGUAAACUGAACAAAUUUUGAAUACCGGUACUUGUUCUUUCACAUUUUGAAUACUUGGAUUCGGUUUGAAGUUAAUUAUGUAUACAAGUGGUUAUAUACAUUUUCUCA